AUGACGCGGAGAGCGAGAGUUCAGAGUUGGCCAGGCAGGACGCUGCGCGGCACGCUCUUCUUAGGAUAUCGUGCGCAAGGGCAGGCCUCCGCGGCGCCCGCCGGCCCAGGCGCCACCUUGCGUUCACGCUCGUCCACCAUGAUUAUGGCUGAGGGAGACGACCCUGCGGAGGUGCUGGGAGUGCGUCCGGGUGCCUCGCCCGCGGAGCUCAAGGCCGCGUAUCGCGAGCGGGCCAAGCAGUGGCAUCCGGAUCUCAACCCGACAAAAUACGCCGCGCAAAAGUUCCGACUGCUGACAGAGGCGAGCCUCCCACUCCACUGCCGCCCUGCCUUCCGACGGUCGCAGUGGGGGGCGCAGGCGGAGUGGGACGGCAAGCGAGUCUGGCCGAGCAGCAACAUCGCGGUGCCAAACGGGGCGCCCGACAAGGCCGCCAAGGCCAACGAGUGGUCCGCGCGAACCAAGGACUUUCUGAGCUCUACGCGCCGGGACGGCGACUCGCCUGCCGCAACAGACGGGCAAGCCAAGGCGGCGGGGACGAGGAAGGCGAAGGCGGCCACGGCGAAGGCCAAAGCGGAGCAAGACGAGGCCGCCGCCUCGCUCUCCAAGGCGGAGCGCUCAACGCCAGCGGCCGACCCCAAAUCAAUCUACACGGUGCAGGGCGCAUCGACCGAGGCGACUCGGCUGGGCCGCCAGACGGGGGCCGCCGAGACGGCGGCGGCAGAGACGCCGUCCAAGGCAGACAGCGCGCCAAAGGAGGCGGGGCGCAAGGAGGCGCCGCGCGUUGUUGACCGCCAACGACAAUCCAUCUUUGAUUUCUGGACUAGCAAGGAUGAGGCUGGGCAAGAGGCAUCGGGGCCCGUUGCGGCACAGGUCGAGGCCGAUGUCGCCGAGACGGAGCACAAGCAGAGGGCGGCGCGAGCUCCGGCAAACGGCACGGUUUCGGACGCCGAGGAGGCAGCGGUCGUGGCCGAGGGCGUCGGCGGUGCCGAGGGCGAGCUCGAGGCCCUCAGGCGGCAGCUAGCGGACUCCGUCGCGGCCGGGGAGGCAGCGAUGGCGGCCGCACUUAAGGCGGCAGCGGAGGAGCGCGAGGCGGCUCUAGCAGAACACGAGGCGGCCGUCACGGUUGCGGUGGGGCAGGCGAUUCGAGCAGAGGAGAUGGUGCGUGCGAGGCUCAUCGCGGGGGAGGCCGGGGCGACGGCAGAGGCAGCAGCAGCGGGGGACGCACGCCGCGUCUCGCCCUUUACCGUCGACACGGCGACGCUCCGAGAGGCCUUCUCCGCCGCCAGAACCACCGCUGGGGCGACGUCCAGCUCCUUCAAGCCGUCCUUCCGCGGUCGAGCGGGCAGGGAGUUGCGCGGCGUCCAGUUCAAGCAGGAGAUGCCAGACAGGUACCGCGACUACUACAGCCCGCCACAGCUCAAGGGCCCGCCUGCGGAGAAGCAGACGGCGGAAGCCAUCCAAAAGGCGUUCAACUAUCAACGCGGCGAGUACGAUCGCGUUCGGGCGGCCGCCCCGGCCACGGUCGCGAGCGGUCGCGAGUUCCACCCCUGA